GGGUAUUUUUGGCAGGUAACUGAUUUCCACUAUGACAGUAGAUACAGUGUUAAUGGAGUCCCUAGUCAGAUGUGUCACCAGGGGCAAGUUGACAAGGGUGCGGAUAAACUUGGUCAAUUUGGUAAUUAUUUAUGUGAUGCUCCGUGGAAGUUGAUCACCUCGGCUAUUGAAGGCAUGAAAUCUAUCCAUGAUUCUCCUGAUUUUAUUCUUUGGACUGGUGAUUCCAUCCCCCAUGUAAACAAUUCAGAUUUAAAUUUACCUGAAGUUUAUACGAUUAUUGGAAACGUAACAGAUAAACUGAUAGAGGUAUUCCCCAAUACCACUAUAUUCCCUGUACUGGGGAACCAUGACGCCUACCCCUCUAAUCAGAUGGUCCCUGGGGCUACUACAGGCUACUAUACCGGUAUCUUACAGAACUCACGCUGGACCAAAUUAUUAGGAUCAAAUCAACAGACACAGUUUGAAAAUGGUGGUUACUACAGUGUUCUGAUUCAAUCAGGAUUAAAAUUACUUGGUUUAAACACCAACCUGUAUUAUGAUCAAAAUAAACUGGUAGCAGACAUCCAGGAUCCGGCUGGUCAGUUAGAAUGGAUGGAACAACAACUUGAAGAUUCUAGAACCAACAAACAGAAGGUAGUUUAUAUUAUCUCCCAUGUACCACCAGGAGCUUUUGAAAGAGUGAAAAAUAUCGCUUGGUUUUAUCCCCAGUUUAAUCAACAAUAUAUAAAACUAUUAUUAAAAUAUACAGAUCUUAUAGUUGGUCAGUUUUAUGGUCAUGAACAUACUGAUAGUUUUAGAAUAUUACUCAAUGAGAAAAACCAAGCUGUAUCAUCAUUGUUUUUGGCACCAGCCGUGACUCCCUGGAAGAGUACUCUACCUGGCGUUGGUGCCAAUAAUCCUGGAAUUAGACUCUACAUGUACCGGAAAGAUACAGGAGCUGUUUUAGACUUUCAGCAAUACUUCCUCAAUUUGACCAAAGCUAAUAGCGAGAAUCAGGGUAACUGGGAACUGGAAUAUCAGGCUACGUCGGAAUUCACGCUGUCAGACACAUCUGUUUCCGAACUUGACAGAUUGGUACAAUCAUUCCAUAAUGACGAGUUUUUAUUCAACAAAUAUCUUCUUAUUAACUCAGUUUCACAAGAUACAAAUCCAAACUGUACUGGUGAUUGUAAACAUCAACAAAUCUGCGCCAUACGUUACAUAGAUUUUGACAUGUUCUCUCAGUGUAUUACUGGAAACCGUAUAACUACACAACAACCUUAUCACACCACUCGUAAACAUCAUCAUAGAAAAGAAGUUCCUGAGUAUAUGUUAUAUGUUAUUGGUACGAUGGGCGGAGUGAUACUUAUUAUGACAAUUGUUUUCGCGUGUUUUUGUGUUUCAAAUAGAAAAAAGAGAAUUCCGUAUAAAUAUGCUCCUAUAAAUCCUCGAAUAAAUUAA